UUUCUAGCUGCAGCUUGAAGUCGCCUGCAGAACGAGUCUCUCAGAGGGAAAGCGAGGGAAGAGACGCAGUCUGAAUACGAGGAAGAGGAGGGGGGGUACUUGGAUUUCACAGCAAAGGAGCAGCAAGUAAAACGAACUGAAAGCAGAGACAAGGUGUCGGAUACCAAAAAACAAAGGGGCAAAAAAAAAAACACAGAGGAGAUUCUGCUUCUUGCAUAGGAAAAUGGAGCUGCCCGCCGCGGGAGAGCACGUCUUUGCGGUGGAGAGCAUCGAGAAGAAGCGCAGCAGAAAGGGGAGGGUUGAGUAUCUGGUCAAGUGGCGAGGAUGGUCUCCAAAAUACAACACGUGGGAACCAGAGGAAAACAUCCUGGACCCGAGGCUGCUUGAUGCAUUCCAAGACAGGGAACGUCAAGAACAGCUGAUGGGAUAUCGCAAGAGAGGACCAAAGCCCAAGCACCUCCUGGUUCAGGUCCCAUCCUUUGCACGGAGAUCCAGUAUUUUGGCAGACCUCCACGGGGCGACCCUGGACGAUGACAGCUGUAAGAAGACCGGCCCCAUCCAGAUGCUCCGCCCACAGAGUCAGCAAUACCAGCUGAACAGCAAGAAGCACCACCAGUACCAGCCGCUGUGUCGGGAGCGCGAGGCCGAGCAGCAGCAGCAGGCCACCGGGAAGAAGUUCUACUAUCAGCUCAACAGCAAGAAGCACCACCACUACCAGCCGGACCUCAAGGUGCACGAGCCCAUGUUCGCUAAACCCAAAGAGGUGAAAGCUCCGGAGCUGGCUAACAAGGGGUACAACCUUCCCCCAGUGUUGCAGCAGAAGUGGGUGCGGGACAAAGACUCAGGCUGCCUCACCAAAGUCAAGGAUAUCACCAUGGAGCUGAAGAAGCUUCCAGCGGACCUGAAUGGAGAGCCAGAGAGGGUCAAACCUAAAGAGGACGCUGUAACACAGUCGAACGGGGUCAGCAGCAGCAAGCUGAAGAUUGUGAAAAACAAAAACAAGAACGGGCGGAUCGUGAUAGUCAUGAGUAAGUACAUGGAGAACGGGAUGAAGGCGACCAAGAUUAAAAACGGGGAUUCAGGGAGCGCUGAGAAACACCUGCAGAGAACCGACAGCAGCGCGGAGGAGCAUCUGGAGAAGAUGAGACUCGUCAAGAAGCUCGGCCUCAUGAACGGAUUUGCAAAAAAGCUCAAAGACAAAUCGACCGUUCUCACUUCUGGAUUCAGCCGAGAUCGCCCCCGGGAGAAAGAGCAGUCCCCAAAAACUGAGCCGACUGUGACGGAACGGGAUAAACAUGUCGAGGUCAGGGGUCAGGGGCAGCUUCCGAAGGAUCAGCCUUUACAAUUGACAACCAAAUCUAAUCUGCUCCCCCUGCCUCUGGACGGGGGAGUUCCCCCCUCAGCGGAUAUACAAGGAAGCCAAGGUAGAUUUCAGGGACUGAAGCGGCACUUUUCUGACUCUGACUCUGAGGAGCACGGGAGCAGUAAAAGGUUUUUCAGCACCAGGAGUAUCAGCACACCUCACCCGGUAUCUUCUCCUGCCCGGAGUGUCAGCGUGGACCAAAACGGACACCAGAGUCCCAUUGGACUGCCAGUCUGUGAGUACACGGACCAGGAGGAGCCUAUGGACUUGAGCAUUGUAAAGUCCAGGCAUUGCCCGACUCGGGCUGAGACACACAAGCAGACUGAAACUGUUACACACACUGAAACUUCUACACGGGAAGAAACAGACACACAAGCCAUGACACAUGUGGCACAGACAGAAACUGAGCAUCAAACUGAAACAGAAAAUGCUACAGGAGAAGAAAAGGUCAACUUGUUGUCUGUGACUCACCAUGAAAAGAAAACAGACGAUUCUUUUCCCUCUUUCAAGCCGUUCCUGGGAAAUAUAGUGAUCACUGACAUCACUACAAACUGCCUCACAGUCACCUUUAAGGAAUACAUCGCUGUGUAACUGGACUGGGUAAACUGUGUAACUGUAUAAAUGUAAAUGAGAUAUAUUUGUAUUUUCAGAUGAUUGAAUGUACAAAUGGAACCUUGAUGUUUUCUUUUCUAUAGUUUGGAUUUAAAAAAAAAAAAGAUCCUCUAUUGCGUUAUUUGCAGCUCUACCUGUUGCUAUUUCUGGAGAUUUUAAUUACAUGCAGUAUCUAAUUACAGCUUAGUUUAAAAAAUACUAAUUAGGUCAAAUAAAUGCCAGAACUUCUAUUGGAGAUGCACUUAAUCCUUUUCCUUUUCUAUGGAUGUAAUUUGAUUGUACACUCAACUGUCUGCAUCUCAGAUAAUGUUCAACAAAUAGGCUUUAUGGAGAGUUUUGUAUGAAAGACAAAUUAUAUUGAAACAUGGUAAAUUACACUGUGUAUGUCAGUGUGUGUGUGUGUGUGUGUGUGUGUGCGUGAAUGGGUUUGUUUGUGUGUGCGAGCACGAGUGUGUGAGAACAGAUGGACAAGAUUUCAUCAAGGGUGAUUGCUGCUGGGACAGAUUGUGCCAUUAGGCAUGCUUAAACAUGCGGAUAAAGAAAAAUGAAGCGCCUCUCUGUCACUCUCAAUGUGAUCUGCAUUGUUAAAAAAAGAGAAAAUGUUCUGAUUUGUGAAUGAAAGAUUGUUUUAUGGUUAAAGUUUGAUGUCUGCUCUGACUGGAGAAAAGGUGUUUUUGAGUCAUGCUACUUAGCAGCUGAUCCUGAGCACAAGUGAACUCUGUUCUAACAGUCAAACUACAACCUUGUGACUUUAUUCUAAGUUUUGACACCAUGCAGUGACUAAACUUUAUGUUUCCCAUAGUAUUGUAACACUGCAAGUUGAGCUGUGUGUCCUAACAGGUCUGUUCCAACAAUUGGGGGCUUCAGGAUUCAGAAUUUCAUGUUUCUAUUCUCUGGCGUCUUGACAUGUUUGCCAUCACGCAAGGAAUUGAGUUUUGCUUGUAAUUGUCACAUUUUGAGUCACUUAAAGGUACAAAAAGCACAAAUUCUUGUCAUAAACAGAUCUGUACCCUUGUUACAUACUAAUCAGUUCUCUUUUAGUUAGAAACCCCCUCCCAACACUCUGUGAUCCAAGCUGCGUUUAACUGCUCUGUGAGAUCAGAUGCACUUUUCAUGUUUUUGUGUGCAGACCUGAAAGAAAUGAAGGCUUUCAAUGAUACGUUUUGGAAUAAUAAACAUAUUUGCUAGUGUUUAA